AUGGAUGAAAGAUCCAGCAAGCUCAUUUUGGUACCUAUCUUAGCCGUCCUUUUUGUUAUGAUAGGUUACCAAUACAUAUGUCCUGCAGGCAGCAAUUCAUGCCACUUUAAGACUGAGGAGAAAUUCAGAGGGGUGAGUUUACUUUCAACCCCGUAUCAGGACAGCGAUGAUUUCUACAGAGAUCCAUAUCUGGAGGAUGACAGUCCUCCGAAACUACCGUCCAAAUACAACUUCACCGAGAGAGAUCUCGACAGGCACGUGGAGUUCAACAUUAAAGGGGACGACGUGAUAGUCUUUUUGCACAUCCAGAAGACCGGGGGCACCACUUUCGGGAGGCACUUGGUGAGGAAUAUUCGCUUGGAGCAGCCGUGCGACUGCAAGCCGGGGCAGAAGAAAUGCACCUGUCAUCGGCCGGGGAAAGACGAGUCCUGGCUCUUCUCCCGGUUCUCCACCGGCUGGAGCUGCGGACUGCACGCAGACUGGACCGAGCUCACGAACUGUGUGCCUGUCAUUAUGGAUAAGAAGGAGGCCCAGAGGAAUAAAAGGAACUUCUACUACAUCACCAUGCUGCGUGACCCAGUCUCCCGCUACCUGAGUGAGUGGAAACAUGUCCAAAGAGGAGCCACAUGGAAGACUGCCCUCCAUAUGUGUGAUGGGCGCUCGCCCACCCAGGACGAGCUGCCAACCUGCUACAGCGGAGACGACUGGUCCGGUGUCACCCUGACGGAGUUCAUGAACUGUCCGUCAAACCUGGCCAACAACCGACAGGUCCGCAUGCUGGCUGACCUGAGUCUGGUGGGCUGCUACAACCUGUCCUCCAUGAACGAGAGCCAGCGCAACCACAUCCUCCUGAGCAGCGCCAUGAGCAACCUGAAGAACAUGGCCUUCUACGGCCUCACCGAGUUCCAGCGCAAGACGCAGUACCUGUUUGAGCGGACGUUCAGCCUGCGCUUCAUCUCCGCCUUCACGCAGAUCAACAGCACGCGGGCGGCCAACGUGGACCUGCGCGAGGCCGUGCGCAAGCGGAUCGAGGAGCUGAACUUCUUGGACAUGCAGUUGUAUGAGUACGCCAAGGACCUGUUUCUCCAGCGGUUCCAGUUCACCCGCCAACGGGAGCACCAGGAGGUGCGCUUGAAGAGACGGGAGGAGAGGCGCUGGCUGAGGGAGCAGAGGGAGCAGGGCAGGCCGGGGUCACCAAAGCACAGAGGGAGGGGAGACAGUGACGGGAGAGGGGAGGGAGGCUCCCAAAAGGAAAGCAACAGUGACUUGACCACCACCACUGAGGACUACACGAGCCAAGUGGCCCGUUGCUUCAGUGUGAUCCGAGUGCUCCGCUAA